AGAACUCAAAAUAGGCUUAUAAGUCUGAAAGUAGAAAAAAAUCACCAAACACAUGCCAAAUAGGCUGUUUUGGCUGAUUUUUAUGAUCAGCCGGAAAAACAAGUGUCUUGCUACUUUUUAAGCUGAAAUUCAUUAUUUCACUGUUGGCUAUUGCAAAGACUAAUCUGCCCUCUAUAUCUAGAAUAUAUCUUCCCUUGCUCAAGAUUGAAGUGGACGACAUAAUCACCGGCCUGCUCGCUGCCUCAUAGUUUUGCACUUUCGUGAUUCAAAUUGAAGACUUUUGCUGAGCUGCUCCAUAUUCACAAAGGCCAGUACUAUGGCAAAUAUAAGCAAAAGAGAGUUCGACGUUCUUGAUCUAUCCGGUCAAAAAUAUUUGGAAUGGAAAGUAGAUGCUUUAGCACAUUUGAAAGCUAACGGUUUGGAAGACACUAUUGAGGCAAAUAAGCCAUCAUCUGCCCAAGACAAAGCGAAAGCUAUUAUUUUCCUCCGUCACCAUCUCCAUGAAAGUCUCAAAUCUGAAUAUCUUUUGGUUGAUGAUCCAAAAGAAUUAUGGGACAAUUUACAAGAGAGGUAUGGCCACCAACAAAAGGUACUUUUGCCAAAAGCUCAGUAUGACUGGAUCAAUUUAAGAUUCCAGGAUUUUAAAUCAAUCAGUGACUAUAAUUCUGCUAUGUUCCAAAUAACAUCCAAAUUUAAGUUAUGUGGACAAAAAGUCACUGAUGCUGAUAUGUUGGAGAAAACCUUUUCUACCAUGCAUAUUUCUAAUAUGCUGCUACAGCAGCAAUAUAGAGAAAAGGGUUUUAAAAAAUACUCCGACUUAAUAUCAGUAUUAUUGGUAGCUGAGCAAAAUAAUGACCUUUUGAUGAAAAAUCAUAAUCUGAGACCCACUGGUUCUAGUCCUUCAGUUUAUGGUCCAUCUGGCCAUAAUUUAGCCACUGAAACAAAUGCAACACACAGUGGCAGUAGAAGGCAUUUUAAACGUGGGCAUUUUAAUGGUCAUAAUAACAAGUCCCACCAAGGAUAUAAACGGGUCGAAAGACCAAAUUACAAGGGCAAGGGCAAACAAAAAGCCCAUCAAACAAAUCGCCCUACAAAACCCUCGGUGAAGACAACUUGUUACAAAUGUGGCAUGACGGGACACUGGGCUAACAAAUGCCGUACUCCAAAGCAUCUUGUGGAGUUAUUUCAAGCUUCCAUGAAUUUAAACAAAGGCAAAAAUGUGGAAGCGAAUUAUGUCAAUGACACAACUCCAUCUCUGCCAAAAUUCGAUGUGUCCGACUUCUUCAUGGAUGAUAGCAUAAUGGACGAUGCUUUUGCCAAUGAUCAAAAUAACACAAAAUAAAUUAUAAGACUUUUGAAUGUUGUAAAAUAGUAGUUUAUGUUUUCAUGUAUUAUGUACUUUUUCUUUUACGUUGUUAUCAUAAAUAAAUUAUGUAAUAUAUGUACUUUAAUGUUAUAUAUGAUGCAUAAU